CUUUGAGUUAGUGCGUGAUUUGCGGUGCAUUCAUGAUAUUAUUAAGGCUCCAAAUUCCCAAUCCCCCCUUUUUUCUGGUUUUUCUGUUUUUAACCAAUCAUUUUGUUCCUUUUUGUCUCUCUCUUCAUAUAUUCUCAUCUUUCAAAGCAAUUUCAUUUGAUUAUUGCUUUGUGCCCACAAAUUCACUCUUCCAUGAACUUUCUUUAAUUUUAUCAAGGAUCUUCCCUAGGAUUCAUAAUUGAAGCCACCUAGUUACAUAUUCAUAUAUGGCAACAAAACCUAAUGGUGGUGGUGUUGGAAAGGAGAAGAAAACUACCACAUCUUCACAUUCUUCUCAAAUCUCAAGCACAACAAAAAGAACCCCAAUAAAAGCAACAACCACCUCUAAAGAAAAGUCAACAACAACCUCAGAUAAAAAUGGCCCAAACAGCCUCAAAUCCAAAGGUACUCAAAUACCAAAACUCACAGUAAAGCCCAAUACUGACCCUUCUUCCAAUAACAUUAAUAGCAAGCCCAUUAGAAGAAGUUCUUUUGAUAAGCCCAUUCCACCAUCUGAGGCCCAACUCAAGAAACAACCUUCUCCUUCGAGACAACAACUUGUCUCCCCAGGCCCAAGAGAUAGGCCCAUAUCAGUUAAAAAGUCCAUUGGGCCUGUUAAGAGUAUCACUAAUAUUUCCACUUCUAAGUCCAGGCCCAUUACUAGUAGUAAUGUUAAGGAAGCAACAAAAACUAGUGUUGGUGGUGGUGUUAAAAGUGGUGCCAAGAAAAGUGUCUCUUCAACUUCUUCAACAAAUACUAAGAAGGUUGUUGGCUCAACAAAGGUUGCAAAGAGUAGUUCUUCAACAAAGAAGGAUGGUGAAGAUGUUUUUUUAGAGAAGUUGGAUAAAGUUGGGAUUAAUGAGGAAGAAGUUAAGGAAGCUAUAAAUGAAGAAAAAGAAGAGAAAAUAGAAGUAGAAGAGAAAGAACACGAAGAAGUAGAGGAAGAAGAAGAGGAGGAGGAAGAGGAGAAAGAAAAAGAAAAAAUAGAAGAAAAAGAACACGAAAAAGAAGAAGAGAAAGAAGAAGAGAAAAUAGAAGAAAAAGAACACCAAGAAAAAGAAGAUAAAGAAGAAGAGAAAAUAAAAAUCAUCGCAACCACAAAUCAAGAAGAAAGUAACAACAACUGCUUAGAACUUAAUCAUUCAACAGCAGAAGAAGCAAAAGUUGAUGAGAUCAAAGAAGUAGAAAAGCAAAAUGUUGAAGAGCCAGUAAUAAAAGUGGAAGAUAACAAGGUGAAAGAACAAGAAAGCAAUAAUAAUGAAAAUCAAGCAACACAAGAAGAAGAAGAACAUCAUCAACUCAAAGAAGAGAACAAAGAGAAGGAAAAGGUGGAAGUAUCACCUUCGCCAUUGCCAUCGUCUUCACCAUCACUAUCACCAUCACCAUCAUCAUCAUCAUCAUCAUCAUCACAAGGUGUAAUGAUGCAUGGGAAAAGAGAGGCUCAAGUAUCAAAUGGGGUGAUUGAAGAGACAGCAAGCAAGCUUUUGGAAGCAAGAAAGAACAGAGUGAGAGCAUUGGCGGGUGCUUUUCAGAGUGUCAUUGACUAUCAAUCCAAAUAA